UCAACUCGCAGUUAGGCGCCAAACUUAUUAUGCAACUUGACGAGGGGAGGGGACACGAGCCAAAGCACGUGUUUACAGUUGAAUAUACUCUACGGCUGACGUUUAAUGUGGGUUUCUAUGCCGAAUAUUAUCAUUAUUUUCCUCCUGAUACAAAUAUUCUUGUUAAUCGAUAAAAAUAUUGUGUAGAGUUUUACUUUAUCGUGCGAUGGUUAUAGUUGUAAUAUAGAAAACUGCAUUAUCGAGGUUAGACAGAAUAUUUUACCAGUGGUAGGUAAUUGGAAUUUGGGACUUUGUAAAGCAACGCCUUCUUAGCGGUUAAAAUACGAACUAGAAGGAAACAUGAUAAAUUGAUAACUCUUACCAUUGCCGCAUAAGGGUAACUAUCAAACUAUGAAAAUGUGAAAUUGUAUAUUCUCUUUAUAUUUCAAAUGAAUUUAUAGUUUAUAACAAUUUUUAAAUAAAUAUUCUCUCACAUCAUUUAGUAGACUCAUUGACUUAUCCUCCUCUCCUAAAUUAGAUUUAAUUCUGAAACUAAUUAAAAGCGAGAUACAGGGCUAUAUUUAAAAAGCCAGAACGAAUACGAUCGCCAACAUGGUUGAUAACCUUCCAAAGAGGCAACAGUUUCGAGUGCUCCUCUCUUUUGGUAAGUCUACUACUUGGUCAGGGGUAUAAUGCUUAUGUCGUGAGUGGAUAUGCAUCAAGAGAACAGGUCAAAUGUGACCAAACCAAAAGUCCAUGUCCUUUUGUCAUGAAUGAAGAAGAACCACCAACACUAGACCAAAUAAUCGACACAUCGAAAUAUCAAUUAAAACCACCACCAGAUUUUCAAAGUCAAUUUGAACGUGAAAUGGAGUUAGAGGAACAGAAGGUACUUAAUGAUGAACUACAAAGACAAGAGGAGCAGAAAGAAUUUGAAAUUAGGGAAUUUGAGAAACCACCGUUUGAUAAAUAUCAUGGACAUCGAAUCCAUUCCUGGGUGGUUAUUCUACCAGAUGCUGGAGGACCUAGAGGUCAUGAAGUAACAGAACCUUUUUUUAUCGAGUCAUCCUCGGGCGUUGCCUACUCACUAGAAGAUCCAAAGACAAAUCUUCUCUACUUAGGAGUCGAAAGUAUCUGGAACGAUACCAACUACUGGGUUAAUAUGCAAAAAAAACACAGCGAAUGUCAACAAAUUAAUUGGAAUUUAAGUAAAGUCGAAUUUUGGGAGCAUCUACUACCUGGUGAGCCUUGGACUAUGAGAGGAAUUGAUGAUGCAGAUCAAGAGGAUGAUAAGGAAAUGUUGAUUGCCCAGGAAAAGCAUCUUGAUAUGCCAGGAUCUUACGUACAACAAAUAGAAAUUCCCAGUUUAGAUUUCGAGAGACGCUAUCCAAAUGGUAAAAAGAUUGUUUACUUUAAGAAAAGUAAAGUUGAACUAUUCGCACCUUAUUUCAAUGAAAAUGGUCUAACAGAACGUGUAACAAUUUAUGAGGACUAUGAAUACACGUGUCCUAUUUAUGCUUAUGAGAAAUAUUCAAACAGAGUCGAUAAGCUAGUAAGAAGCGAGAAAGAUUUGGAUUCGAAUAUGGUUAAUGACUACUACGAUAGAGGACGUCUUGAUGCUUGCAAAGUGCAUUGCUACUACGCUCAAUCAAAUGAUAAAGUUGAGGAUGAAAGAACAAUCGUAUUUUAUGAUACAGUUCGUCUUGAUGGACUUUCGAGACUCAAAAUGCAUCCUGAAUUUAUGAUAGUCGAUUAUGUGAAUCGAGAAGAUUUUCUUAAUAAACGUGAGGUUCAGUACUCAACAGAUAAAGAUUCUGAAAAUGUAUCUAAUUAUCGAGAAAUUGAAAAAAUAACAGAAACAUUUCAUAGAAAUGAAAUAAUUCCAGCUGAGAAAGACAUAGCAAUAAGGGAAUUUGCAAUUAAAGAAAAUGAAAUUCGAUUAAAGUUUCAUUACAAUGAAGGCCAGUACACAAGAGGAACACGAACAUUUGUCAAACCAUCGGUAUCUGAAAAAUGUGAACGCUUCGUUUUCAAACGAGAAAUGGUUUUUGAAUAUAAUCCUGAUCCUAUGGCAACAGUUAAAAAGUCUUUAGAUCUUUAUAACGAACUACAAAUUCAGUUAGAGGAAGAGGAGAAAAGUUGUUUUCGAGUAAGAGACGUAGAGGUAGAAAUAAAAAAUUUCAUAAAAAUACAAGGAGACGAAGUUUUCAAUCCCAAAUUGUCUGUGUCAAUUUUCGAUAGAAGCAGAAAUGAUAAAGCGAAAUAUGAAAUUCUCGAACAGGAAAAACUAAUGAAAGCUGAAAUUGAAAAAGAAAGAGAAGAAGUGAUUGAUUCGUUAGCACCUUAUGUGGAGAAACUUGGUAGACCAUUAGCAUUUACAAAAGAGGAAGCAUUAAAACUAAAGGACGAGUUUCUUAACGACUUUAAACAGACGCAAGUCAAUCGUGCGAAUCAAAUGCUUCAAAAAAUUAAUCAAGGAAAUCAAGAUCUUCAAAAAAUGCAGGCCAACUUAACUCAGGACGAGGAUAUUACAGCUGAAGAAAGGGAAAAUCUUAGAACGAAAAUUGACGAAAUGAAUAUUUAUCUUCUCACAUUAGAGGAGAGAUUGGAACGUCAUCAAAAAUUAAUUCCCGAAAGAUAUAAAAGAAUGAUAAACAUUCUCGAGGAAGAUGAGAGAUUUUUUGUAUUACGCAAAUUACAAACACCGAAAUUUCAAUAAGUAAUGGUAAUCUUCUUUUUUUCUCUUUAUUUACAAAAAAUGUUUGUUUUCAAGAAUUUUUUUUUUAUACAAUCAUUAUUGAAAGGACCAGGAACCCAUUUGUCCGAUGCAGCGUCCUGAAAAAAAAAAUUUUGUAUCAACUUAAAAAUAAGAAAAAUUUUCAGAAUAAAUGUUUUCAAAUUUUUUCAAAUAAUAAAUAAAUUGGUAAAAUAAA